UGUAUUUUUUUUUUCAAAUAAAAUGAAUUUAGCUGUUGUUCUGAUGAUGCAGAAGUCGAACGUUCCGAGCCAUGUUCACGAUUCCGGCAUUGUAACGGAUGGUCGGACUUUUGACAUCGCUGGACCGGAGGGCUUAUUACUACACGGCCGGGGCUUUUUCUUGAAGCCUAAAUGUCUGUGAGAAAUAGGGAAAAAUAACAACAUAGUCAUCCCAGUCGAUCCCAGAGGUCGAAUCUCUCAACGGCCACAUUGGAACACCGCAAAAACGUAAACAAAACAAAACGUGAAAACCAAGUUGACAAAAUUUCUUUUGUAUUGAAGCUGUCAACGAAUGUCUGCUUGAGUGAGCGUUCAUAUAGGCUCGAUUUCCGCCGCUUUCUCGAGUCCGGUCUACGUUCCUUCUCAGUUCGGGGGAGGAGCGCGGGUUCCUUUCCCGAACAGCGGCUGGUAAUCGAGCUUAGCGUUCAUACAUUUUACUAAGAAUAGUAGUAAGUUUGUUUGUGGACCCUUGUGGCUUCUUGAACGAAGUUUGCUUAAUCUCGUGGGAAUGAAGAACUGGCUAAAUCAUUCUCAGCUGGUAACACUUCGUACAUUGAUACAGUGUAGUUGACUCUUCAGUCACCAGUAGCUUGAACAUGGCGUGAUCGUGCACUAAACACAUGUAGCACUUUAGAUUUUGCGAGCAGACCGGAUCAAGUUCCGCGACCUUUCAUCGACGGAACAUGUGUCACCGAAAGGUCAACACGUUUGAAGACAUGCAACACAAGUACGAUUGGGACUUUUCACUGGCAUAUCCAACGUAAGUUGCGUGGUUUGUUUUCGUUCAUUUUUAUUUUUGUUGGCUUACGUAGUGUCACGUUUUUUUCUUAUGAUCUUCCUCACCGAUUUCCCAAAAUAUCUGUUAGGUUUACAUCAAACCAGCUCUGCGAUCUUGGCCAGGCCCACGCUCUUCUACCUAUGUGUCGAAAAUUACCUCGUCUUCGGUGAACACUCAAAAGUACGGCGGUCAGAAAAAGCAGGCUUUGUGUUUUUUUGGAUAAAAUCUUCCAUCAUUCAUUCAUCAUCCCCGAAGGAACAUAAAAUUUUGUAAAGUUAUUUGACUGACCAACCUAUGUAAAUGUAACAAACAGACAACAGUCGCAAUUACAGCGAUUUCACAUCUUCUCGGUCUCAUUUUGAUCUCAGUCUCGUCGCUAAAAUCGUGAUCGUGACUACCUUAAAAAAAAUUUAAGACAUUACUUUAAGACAUUACCGUAUCUGUGAUUGUUAUCGCUAAUGAUGGCAGUUUUGCACGGAAAGAAUUUGUCUUCUUUAUAUAUGUCUGAACGCUUAAGCAGACUUAGGAUGACUUAGCUUGACAGACUUAGUGUUUAGUGUGAACCCAACAAUUAAGUCGUUGUUUUGGAGAUGCUAUUUUGGCAGUUGAGAUGUGCUUUAGAGUCCGUUACUAUUUUGUGUUGGUGGCAGUUGUAGAGAGGUCAUCUGUAGAGUGUUCGAUCCCCGGGACAACUAAGAAAAGUGGCAGUUAGUAGAGGUUCAAUUGUAAAAAAAUGAAUGAUUAGGACAUUAGCCUGGAAAGUCAAUUCCACGCCCUCCCCCCAAAAAAGGAGUCAGUUUCAAUCAAUUGCACACUUUGCAAGAAGAUAUGGAAAUUAAAAGACCCAGAAGACAUGUCAGUGUACUUGACUAUUGUCUGGUUAUGUUACUUCUGGUGUCACGGGCACAUCACAGACACAACCUUCACGUGUUCCACCGAUGUGGCCGUCACAAGGGUUUGACUGACUGACUGUCAUGGGGUUUUGACCGUCAAGAGUUUAAAAGUCCAGUCUCGCCACUCUCAAGAAACAGUUGUGUAAUAUGGCGGGCGUUGCAGUUUUCUUGGUGUUUUGUCUAAUUCCAACAUCUUCAACUGCAUCUCCUGGAUUACUUUCCAAAAACUACGCUCAGAUCGCACAGCACUUUGGCUUUCCAUUUCCGAAGCUUCCAAAUGUUACUUUCGCGAAUGUCGGCAAGCAGUGCAAAGAAACUGUGGAGAAGCUCAGCACAAGUGAACUAGUCCUUUAUCUGGAUGCUAUUGGUAAACCUCAAAGUGGACUUCGUCUAGGACAUGUUGGCUGGUUUGGAUCCUACAGUCAGUGCACUAAGUUUAUGGUUGAUGCUCAUUAUUGCUUGGCUUUUUUCGCAGUUUCUGCUCUUGAUGUCAGUCAGGAUUAUCCCAUUCUUUGGGGGAUCUGUGCACCUAAACAGUGCAGUGAAGAGGAUGUGACCAACGCUGUACAAGAUAUCUUCUCAGGAGUUAAUCAAGAAUUUGAUAGCACAGUGUUCAAGCUAAUCCCACACACAUUCGAUGAUGCUGCCUCUAAACCUGUUUUCUGUAACAAGAAGUCAGAGUACACAACCGGAGUAAUCACGACUUUGGUCUUGUGUGGUGUAAUCCUGUACCUAUGCCUUGUUGGGACGAUUGUCGACAUUGCUGUUAGCUUUGCAAAGUCGAACUCCUCACCUCUCAACGCAAACGACGAAUUCAUGUCAAUCAGAGGUGUUUCCACAGCGACAGACCAGAGUAUUCCUGAUGCUGAAAGAAUAAGUUUACUCCGGCCCUCCCCUGAGGUCAAUCUUAAAGAAUGUACAAGCCAUCAACAGGAACCAGUUUUACCAAAUGUGGUAGUACGCUUCUUCUUGUGUUUCUCCUUAAUUCAAAACACAAACCGUAUUAUGGAUACCAAGGUGCCACCCAGCGUCAUCUCUUCAAUCAAUGGUAUGAGAGUGCUAAGCAUGUGGUGGGUCAUCCUGGGACAUACCUACGAUUUUUCACGAAGGAUACCCGUCACGAUCAGCAAUUUGCCGACGUUUUAUGACAUUAUUCACCGUUUCACAUUUCAAGCUGUUGGCAAUGGAACCUAUUCAGUUGACAGUUUCUUUUUCCUCAGUGGUCUCUUAGUUGCUUAUUUGUGGCUGCCUCAUAUGGAGAAGAAAAAUGGAAAACUUCCACUCUUCAAGUACUAUUUUCAUCGUUUUUGGAGGUUAACUCCAACUUACAUGUUUGUUUUGCUGUUUCUGGACAAGCUGUUAAGAUUUCUUGGUGAGGGUCCUUUGUGGCAUCCAGAGAAGUUCGCAUACCAGUGCAGAAAAUACUGGUGGACAAAUCUAUUGUACAUCAACAAUUUUUAUCCAACUUCUUUUGAUGCACAGUGUAUGGGCUGGACCUGGUACCUAGCUAAUGACAUGCAGUUCUACAUCAUUGCACCUGCUAUCCUCUUCACAGCAUACAGGUUUCGCCUGCGAGGACUGCUUGUUAUUGUUGGUGUGUUGAUGAGUAUCAGUUUUAUCACAACAGCAAUCCUUGUUGCUCAUUAUGACAUCGCGCAACCGACAAAUCUAGCAGAACAGUAAGAUGCAUUUUUCUACCCUUGUUAAGUUGUAAGUAAAUAAUACGUCUCGGAAUAGUCUUGCCUUAAAACAGCCAAUCAGGGCAUGCGUUAUAUCAGCUACUCACACCAGCCAUAUAAUAAUUUGUUCAUGGUGGCUGGUAACGGUUUUCAUCAUUUUUCAGCACUUCUGCUCUGAUGGAUCAAUGCUAAUUGUGUUUUUAUUUAAUGCUACAAUGAUGAUAUCAAAUACCUGAUCAUUGGUGAACAAGUAAUGGCCUGCAAAGGGUUACUAGACAACCGUGUAACCUUUUAACACACCCUUCAGUCGUGGAUAAAAUGUAAGAGCAGGGAAUCAGAGCCACAUUAAAUUUGUGAAAAUUUAAGGUGAUUCUGCGUUUCCACAAAAUUGUUCAAUCUUACCAUAAAGCUGCAUUUGAAUAUGGUGAUCACAUUUCGGUAAUAAAAUC